ACCGGAAGUCAGUGUUUUCAGACAAAUUUUUUUUCUCAGUCACGUGAUCCUCCUGUCCUCGGUCCAUGACUUUGAACUAUAAAUGUAAUCACAUUCUUUAUCUUUUUCCAGGUAAAUUUGUACAAAACCUUUUAAAUGAGCCUGAACUCUUGUCUAUAGCUCUACAGUACUGUCUCUUUAAACUCCAGCUCCAUGACGUCAUCUAUUUUGGAAGAAGGGAGGAAGGAGUGAGGGAGUGAGAGAGAGAGUGAGAGAGAGAGACCGUAACGGGAUGCGGGUGAUGGAGGCAGUGUGGAGGAUGACAGCAGCGUGGCGCAGGAUCUGGUGCUCUCGCGCCUCCGCGUGAAUCCGGUGUUCCUCAGACAGAGAGAGAGAGAGAGAGAGAGAGAGAGACAGGUGUGAACAUGGCUGCGGUGUUGUGCGGUGCAGGAGGAGGAGGAGGAGGAGGAUGCGGGAGCGCGUGCUGGCAGGUGCUCCUGUUCGGCUCGACAGCGCUCGUGAUCCUGGCCGAGAGAGCUGCGCUGAUCUACUGCUUCGCCUUCUACCUGUGGAAAGAGCAGUUGUUGUGGGCGGGGCUGACCUUUGCCCUGUUGUUGCCAGGGGCGAUCGUGCAGGUGCUGAGUUUUAUGUGGUACCGGGCGGACGGAGAGCAGCGGACAUGUCACCUGCUCAUCAUACACACACUCCACCUGGGCAUCUUCAAAAGGUUGUGGGACUGCAGUGUGUGUGUGUGGCGUUCUCAGUCUCAGGCUCAGCAGGUGAUGCAGCAGGUGGACGUGGCGGCGUUGCGUUUGCUGGACGUUCUGCUCCUGACCCUCCCCCAGGCGCUCACACACACCUACGCUCUCACAGGAGGCGAGUUCAGCCUGGUGUCACCUGUUGCACUGUGUAGUGGUGUGUGUGUGUUGUCCCUGUCCUGGGCGUUGGUGUUGUACAGUCGGGCGUGUUGUCUGGCACGGCCCGGUCACCUGCUCAUGCCCCCGGCUGCCCUGCUGUGCCAGCUGUUGUGGAGGGCGGGGCUUCUGACCGCACGCUUCGCCAGCCUCGCCCUCUUCACUCGCUCCUUCGGAUGCUGGGUUAUCGGUGUUGUGGGUUGUCACUGGCUGAUCGCAGCGUUCUGGCUGGUCUCUCAGCAGACUGAUAUCUGUGCUGGUCAGUGGGCGUGGCGUGGGUUUAACCUGUUGCUGGGUGGUGUACACGUCUUCCUGUUCCUGAACGUGAAGGACGGUCCGUCUCGCUACCGCAUGGCCGGCUUCUACACGGUCAUGCUGUUGGAGAAUGCCACGCUCGUCCUGGCUGCCUCCGACAUCCUCACUGAGGCAUCAUGGGAAAGCUUGACUGUCCCCAUUGCUGUCCUCUGCAGCUUCCUUCUGGGUCUUACGUUUCUGCUGCUGUACUAUCGUUUCCUGCACCCGAAGUCCACAGAGAUCUCACACACUCUGCAUCACGGGGCUCAGGGGGGCAGCGCCUGUCUCGAUCAGGGUGACUCGUCUUACUCCCUGGCCGACAAGAGCCUCGCUCUUCCCUCUCUCCGUCCUCCGCUCUCCUCCUCCCAUCCGUCCUUCUCUCUGCUGGAGCACCCGGGCAGCUGCGGGGCGAAGGCGGGCGCCGAGUGCCGCCACCACCACUGGCUCCUGGUGCGUCUGGCGCUGAAGACCGGAGACCCGAGCAAAAUUGAGCGUGCGUUUGGCGCCGGAGGAACGACGGGGAUCGUGAGCGAAGAGCAGGACGACGACUCUGGGGAGAAAGGAGGAGGAGGAGAAGAUGGGAUGGACAUGAAGGACGAAGACGACACGCUGGCGCCGCUGUCUGACUGCAAGGACGAGUUCGAGAGCGUGAGCGAGGCGAGGGAAGACGUAGAGGAAGAGGAGGCAGAUGUGGACGUGGGGGAGGAAAUGGACAGCGUGGACUCGGAGUGGAAGCGCAGCUCUCCUGAGGGGAAGUCCGUGUUCGGGGACAGUCCCGAGCCCGAUUACUGCCCCACCGAGUCCAGCUCCACGCUCUACUUCAGCGCCGACCCACAAUCCCCAAGCAGCGCCAGCGACCCCCGUCUGGAGCGAACGGAAGUUUCCGGACCCCACCUGACGGGCCCACGCCGCCACCUCAUCCUCUCCGCACGAGGACUGGAGGACGACACGGGGUUCUGACCAGCUGGACUUGUUCAAAUGCUAACCUUACAGCAAAUCUAUUCAGUUAGCCAAGACUUGCUACGAGGUUAAUGUUGCUAACAUCGCUCUCGCCCAAAAUCAUUAGUGUAAAUAUCAAACCCCGCCAUACAUGUUGAUCCGACUUUGUGUCAUCUCCAUACAUAAACCGAGCUUCACUGUGUAGCUGAAGCCUAAAAGGCGGCCAUCUUGGACUUUUUAACUCUUGGCAUGCCACAUGACACGCCCCCUAAGCUCCGCCCCCCAGAAUAUUGAAGGUCAUGAGUGAUGAUAAACCCACUUAUAUCAUUUGAAGCUAUAGAAAAACUUGUACUGGUGUUGCUGGAAAAGAUUUUGGUGAGACUCUGAGGACUUGUUAGCCACAUUAGCUUUGUAGCUUAACUACUUAGCUGAUUGGGACGCAUUCGUUUAUUUUGUUGGGGGCGGGGACUUUCUUGUGGAAUGUUUGUGAAAAGGGCGAGCGUGUAAAAAAGCGUGACAUAUUUACAGCAUCAGGAAUGGUCCAGUGUGUGUGUGUGUGUGUGUGUGUGUGGGUGUGUUUGACUCAAAGCACAAACAUUGCGUUGCGCUAGUCACUCUAGGUCCGUCGCUAGGGGGUGAGCUGGUUGCGCGAUUAUUGUCUUCCCCUAUCAGUGAGAAGCUUCACUCUGUCAGCGGCCUGCACCAAUCACAAUCUCGUCUCAUUUGCAUGAAGGUAAACCCCGCCCACUUCAGCCUCCUGCUACUGUAAAUCACACCAGCUUUUUCUCCGCAAAUAAACUGUACCGCGGUCAAUAAUCAUUUUUACGAUAACUUUAGACUAGAGUCAACUUACAAUCGGCGACCCAGCGGUCAGGGCUGAGAAAAACAAAGAUAAACCGGAGCCGGAUCUUUUUAUAAACGCUGUAUUAAAUAUUUAUAAAGUACAUUCAGUUACGUAGCUUAUGUUACACGCUCACAUUUCAGCAGCCGAUAAAAUCCAAUCACAAACCGAGCAGCUGUCUGUAGAACCGCUCAGAGAUUCAUUCAUACAUCACUCCGACUCUACACGCUGAAAAACUUAUUAACGUGUUAUUAACGUGUUAUUAACGCUUUCUUUGUUUUUCCCAGUAGGUAGAAAAUAAUGCAGUCGUUCAGACACAAAGGCUUUCUGACGCACUGUCUAGUGGAACGCAGGAGUUAUUUUAGUCUCUGUCUCGUCCUGAGGCGACUCGGAUGCCGUUUUUAUCCUCCUCGUCUUGAAAUAGCUGCUCUGGAUUAGAGCUCCCCACGGAGCCGCUCGAACGGGACAUGUUUGAUUUCUCACUCUGGGAUAUUUUCUGCUCCGAACUGAAAUCCUGAUAUGUAAAGAACAUCGUGGUGGAGUUCUGGUCUUUAACAUGGAAGCUUUUUAUAUAAAACACGUCCCGGACUUUCACUUUCACCAGUCAAAAAGCAUAAUUCUUCUUUAAAAGGUUUUAUUAAUAGACAGAAGUAUUCAUGUUAGGUUGUCACAAUGGGAGGAAAAAAGUACGGAAAUAUUUAGGGAAAUGUAAAAAUUUUCAUUUCGGGAAAGUGUUCGAAAUGUACACAUAUAUUCGAAUAUUUUAUUUUUAAUAAAAAAUACACUUUUUUUUUUCCUGACCAUCCAUCCGGCGUACUCGAACCUUUUUGACCUCUCUGCGCAGGUCUGUUUGAACUCUGUUGCCUUUUUCACAGGGCUAAGAGUCACCGCUUGCUGUAAAACGGGUAUUUGUGUAUUUACCUGUAGAUCCAGGUGCAGUCCACAGGAAGCAGUUCGCUCAGGUGUAUUUAAAAAAACAAACAAAAAAACCCCAAAAAAAAACCCUGACAAGAUACACUAGAUUGCCAAAAGUUUUGGGACGCCUGCCUUUCCAUGCACAUGAAUGUAAUAUGGAGUUGUCCCACCCCUUUACAGCUAUAACAGCUUCAGCUCUUCUGGGAAGGCUUUCCACAAGGUUUAGGAGAGUGUUUAUGGGAAUUUUUGACCGUUCCUCUAGAAGAAAUGCAUUUGUGAGGUCAGGCACUGAUGUUGUGAUGAUAAGAAGGUCUGGCUCACAGUCUCCACUCUAAUUCAUCACAAAGGUGUUCUAUGGGGUUGAGGUCAGGACUCUGUGCAUGCCAUUCAAGUUCCUCCACACCAAACUCACUGUCAAAAUCCAUGUCUUUAUGGACCUUGCUUUGGUCACUGGUGUGCAGUCAUGUUGGAGCAGGAAGGGGUCAUCCCCAAACUGUUCCACAAAGAGCAUGAAAUUGUCCUUAAUGCUGAAGCAUUAAGACUUCCUUUCACUGGAACUAAGGGGGCGAGCCCAAGUCCUGAAAAACACCUGAACUCAAUGAUCUGGAGGGGUGUCCCAAUACUUUUGCCAAUUUAGGGGGGAUUUGGAUCAGAUCGCUUUAUUUGAAGAGGCAGCCAGAGCUAAAGAGCACAACUAUUACACUGCGAUUGAGACGAUCCUCCUUCGCAACACCGCUUUAUAAGCUGCGCCAACGUUUCUAGACCACUAGGAAAGAGAUUCGACUUGCUCUUCAUGUCAGGAAGUGCUCGCUGUUUUCUGUCGUAUUCGGUUUCCAGCACCAGUACAGAUGAAAUACUCACAGAUCCUGGUUCAACACGAGAAUAGAUGUAGCAUGAGUCAGUACUGUGUUAGAUUGGAUCGUGAUGGAUUUGUGCUUAUUCAGGGGUUUGAUUGGUCAGGUCUGAUCUCUGGUCCAGAGUUGAUCAGGGAUCUGGGAUCGGAUUACUGCUGUUUUAGGUACAAAGUUACAGAAUCCUUCAAGGAAUGCAGAUCAGAUCAGAUGUAAGUGUUACAGUAGGGUAAAUCAGGCAGCUGUGAUUGGACCGUGGAAACGGUGCAAUAAUCUCAGACACAUUUUGUAUGUGUGGCUCGUGACGCAUUUCGCCGCUGGAACUUCUUCAACCUGUCAGCACUGUCUGAAUAUCUCGCUGUGAAAGGGUUUUACUUCCUGUUUUGUUGUGUUUUAAUGCAUCCUCGUGUCACAUUUUUUUCCUCCGUGCCAACUUUUCAUCACGUAUUGGAAGUUUUGCACCGAAACGACAUGCUUGCUAGCUAAACCUCUGCUGUUAGCGCUCGCCGGCAAACAGAAAUAUCUAGCUGAUUAGCUACAAACAUUGACCAGACAAAACUUUCUGAUUUAAAUAGUAAGCAAUACGGCGUAGUGUUUAUUAGCUAGCAUGUCUCACUCAGCUGUAGCAGAGAAAACAAUGCUAAAGAAUAUACACUGUAUUGCCAAAAGUUUUGGGACAUCUACCUUUCCAUGCACAUGAAUGUAAUAUGGAGUUGUCCCGCCCCUUUACAGCUAUAACCGCUUCAACUCUUCUGGGAAGGCUUUCCACAAGGUUUAGGAGUGUGUUUAUGGGAAUUUUUGACCGUUCCUCUAGAAGAAAUGCAUUUGUGAGGUCAGGCACUGAUGACAGUCUCCACUCUAAUUCAUCCCAAAGGUCUUCUGGACUUUGGUUCCUCCACACCAAACUCUCUCAUCCAUGUCUUUAUGGACCUUGCUUUGGUCACUGGUGUGCAGUCAUGUUGGAACAGGAAGGGGUCAUCCCCAAACUGUUCCCAUAAAGAGCAUGAAAUUGUCCAAAAUGUCUUGGUAUGAAGCUGAAGCAUUAAGAGUUCCUUUCACUGGAACUAAGGGGCCGAAAAACAAAACCUGAACUCAAUGAACUGGAGGGGUGUCCCAAUACUUUUGGCAAUAUCAUGUACGAGGGCGUGUUAAAAGCAGGUGAUUGAUGUUUACAAGGACUACAUGAUGCAGGAAUGUACAUAUCUAAUACCAGUCUGUGUGUGUGUGUGUGUGUGUGUGUGUGAAGAUCCCGAGGUCCUGGAGUGACACUGACCAGCCACUGUUGCUUAAUUUCUUUAUUCUGUGUCAGAUGUUUAAAACAGAAGAGUGUUCCAUGAGUAAAUAACAUCAGUGAUUAAUUGCAUGCAGUGUUUUUCUUUUUCAUUAAAUAAACGUCUCCUGUCUGCCGGGGGACGGCUUUUAAAAUCCGAGGCCCUGAUUUACUAAGAUCAAGUGUGUGUGUGAACAGAAUAAUGACCUCACUGUAGCUAAAUGAGGGUUUUGUCCUAGACGUGUGUGUUUGUGUGUGUGCAAAUUUCUGGUCAAAUUAGCGAUGAUUUCAAUUUUCAGCGGAAUCUAGAACGUGUUAUUUCUAUGCAAAUGAGGUGUAAAGUCCAGACGUUUAGCUCGAAAACUUUAGCUACAAUGAAGUAACCCUUGGGCUGAAGGAGACGUCUGCUGCCUCGGGUCAGUAUGUUUCUUCGCUAAUGCAACCCGGUGUAGCUCCGACUACGGAGCUUGAGCAUGUCAAUCAAACUUACAUCCAUUCUAAAAAUAAAUAAAUAAACCUGUACAGAACAGGCCACGCCCACAUCACACGGAACCUUUAGUAAAUCAGGGCCUAAACUUUUCAGUGUGAACCGGUUGUAAGAUCGCUGGACGGUACAUUAAAUUCAAAAUGC